AUGAGGGAAGUAGUUCACAAAAAUCUUUAUAGAAGCUAUCUAGUUGGAAAGAAGAGAGAACCUGUUAAUAUUCUGCAGUAUGCUGAUGAUACUGUUUUUGUGGGUGAGGUUGAUUGGCAGAAUGUUCAUGCUAUAAAGACCCUGCUUAGAGGCUUUGAAUUGGCUUCUGGCUUGAAGAUUAACUUUGCUAAAAGUCAAUUCGGGAUCAUAGGAGGUGGAGUUAAUUGGGGUUUGGCAGCAGCUAAUAUCCUGAACUGCAGUCAAAUGAAUUACCCCUUUCACUAUUUAGGCAUUCCCAUUGGUGCCAAUCCUUCCAGUCUGAUGGUUUGGGAGCCUCUCAUUACUAAAUUCAAAGCAAAACUAUCCAAAUGGGCCCAGAAAGAUAUAUCCAUGGGGGGGAAGGUCACACUUAUCAAUUCUGUUCUGAAUGCUCUUCCAAUCUAUCUUCUUUCCUUUUUCAGGAUUCCCCAAAGGAUAGUCCAAAAAUUAAUUUCCUUACAAAGGAAAUUUCUGUGGGGAGGAGACAAUACUCAUAAUAAAAUUCCUUGGGUGAAAUGGGCUGAUAUUUGUCUGCCCAAGAAUGAGGGGGGAUUGGGUAUAAAGGAUAUUUCGAAGUUCAAUGUAGCCUUGAUGGGUAGAUGGAUAUGGGCUUUUGCAUCUGGUCAGCAGCAGCUUUGGGUAAGAGUUCUAAUCUCUAAAUAUGGUGGAUGGCCUGAGUUCCAACAUGAUACAGAUAAGAGGGGAUUUUCUCAUUGGUGGAGGGACCUUAGAAAGAUAUUUCACCAGUCAGAUCACAAUAUCUUCAAGCACCAAUUGACUUGGAAGGUGGGAUGUGGGGAAACAAUCAAGUUCUGGACAGACAAGUGGCUAGGGGAAGAUUAUACCCUUGAACAUAAAUAUAAUCAGCUUUUUUUUAUUAGUAGGCAGCAAAAUUGUCUCAUCUCAAAUAUGGGAGAAUUUAAUCAUGAUCGCUGGGAAUGGAACCUUAGAUGGAGAAGGAACUUAUUUGAUCAUGAAAGAUUAGACCAAACAUACCUACGUGAGGUGGCGAAGGAGAAGAAGCACAGACUUCUGACGAUGCUCGAGUGCGACGAACACGAUGCUCGACCUUAG